AUGCGCAUUACAAACUGCAAUCUGACCACAGAAUCGGAAAAGAACGACAGCAAAGACAAGAGCACAAUGGGACAUCGCCGGGUGAUUUCAUCAAAUGUAUCAAAAAUCCCUUACCAGACGUCCGACAGGAGUAGAAAAACGCAAUCGAUACGCAUUUAAGGACUUAUUGAAGUGGAUCAGAUACACACAGAACGAACCGAACGACGAAAAGUCAAUAGUUUUUCCUAAGGGAGGAAGUUUAUUGUGGCGAAGGAAAUAUAAUAGACCGGGUAGGUAGGGUGGGUCUGCGGAAAGCAGCCAGAGCGGGGUACAGUCAGAAUACAAACUCACCCACCCAGCAAGCAAGCCAUGGAGGAGUUCGGGUCAGCGUUGGAAAAGAAUGUGACCGAUUUAACGGUUAUGGACGUGUAUGACAUAGCCGCGGUAGUGGGCCAAGAGUUUGAGAGGAUCAUUGAUCAGUACGGCUGCGAGGCUCUGUCCAGGCUCAUGCCCAAAGUAGUGCGGGUGCUGGAAAUCGUGGAGGUGAUGGUCAGUAGGAACAGCAUCAGCCCGGAGACAGAUGAGCUGAGGCUGGAGCUGGAUAAACUACGGCUGGAGAGGAUGGACCGGCUGGAGAAAGAGAAGAAACACAAGAAGGAGUUGGAGCUGGUAGAGGAUGUAUGGCGAGGGGAGGCCCAGGACCUGUUGUCUCAGAUCGCUCAGCUUCAGGAAGAGAAUAAGACUCUUCUCACUAACAUGUCCAUCAAAGAUCCCAUGAGUGAAGAGGACCUACAGAGGCACGAAGGUAUGUCGGAGCGGGAGCGUCAGGUGAUGAAGAAGCUGAAGGAGGUAGUGGACAAGCAGAGAGACGAGAUCCGAGCCAAAGACCGCGAGCUCACGCUCAAGAAUGAGGACGUUGAGGCACUCCAGCAGCAGCAGUCUCGUCUGAUGAAGAUCAACCAUGACCUGCGCCAUAAGAUCUCUGUGGUGGAAGCUCAGGGGAAAGCCCUCAUCGAGCAGAAGGUGGAACUGGAGGCGGGAGCUCAGGCACGGGUACAGGAAAUGGGAGCACUCCGGCAGGAAGUUACACGUCUAAGGGAGCGACUGCAAGGAGACAUGCCCCCUCAGGUUCCAGAGGUGCCUCCUUCCCAGCUCCCAUCCCCUGCACAGGAGGCGAUGUGUGAUCAGGACACACCUGCUCUGUUCCAACAUUUUACCAAGGAGGCACUUUGUGAUGAGGAGGUGGACGGCCUGGACCAGAAGGAUCCCAACAGGCCCCGGUUCACACUGCAGGAGCUAAGAGAUGUUCUGCAUGAGAGGAACGAGCUCAAGUCCAAAGUGUUCAUGCUUCAGGAGGAGGUCGCCUACUACAAAAGUGAAGAGGUGGAGGACGAGACCGGCCCUCCCACUCCUUCCCCAUCCCCCGAACAACUGAGGGCACGGCCCCGACACAACGCACAGCCUGAGUCAGGAAUCAAACGCCUGUUUAGCUUCUUCUCUCGUGACAAGAGGCGGAACUCCCAGCGGAAUGCACAGUUUGAUGACAGCUUCAGCUCGUGGGCGGGAAAUGAUGAGGUGUACACGGAACAGGCCCAGGAGGCUUUGCAGCACAUGUAGUGAUUGGACAGCGUUUGAUGAUGUCACUCAGAACUCUUUCCCUGUAACGUUGCAAUGCAAUUAAAGGCCUCGUAAAGGUUAGCUUAUUGCACAGUACACACACCUACAGCUCAGCACAGCCAUCCACCUACAAGAUACAUACUGACACUGAAAUACCAUCAGCUCUAAGUAACAGAGUCAUUCACCCAGCAUCUAGAGUAGUGAAACCUAACCACCCUGGCUUUGGCAGUAAACUCCUUGCCUUGGGACUGUGCUUAGUGUGCCUGCUGCAGCAUAAUGGGAUUGUAUGACAUUUUUGCUUCUAAGUGACAGGAAUCACAGAGGGUUGAGGGUGAAGAGGAGCCUUUCUUUAUCCCAAAGUGAAACCCACCAGAAUUGAUGGAUGCUCAGAGCGAUUCCCUUUGUGUUAGAACAGGCAGGGAUACACUAGGCGUGAGAGAGACAGAGUCAGGCUUGGAAGGUUUGUGGAACGAGGUGACAGGAGAGCGAGAUAGAGGAACCACACGAGACACUCCAGAUAGAGAAUUAUGGGACACAGAAGAAGAAAGGGGAAGGUUAAAUCCAGUAAAGAAACCUUGAAGACAAGUGGGCAUGUUUUUUUAAAUGAUUCAAAUAAUGGUGGCAGUUCUGACCCAGAUGUAGUAGGCUCUGAACCAUCUGUAUACUCCCCUGGCCCUGAGCUAGACCAGUCAUGUCCUCAGAGGCAGCUAGAGGGCACUAUGGCUAGGCCCACCUCACCAGCACUGGCUAAAAAUUGUGUGAACAAAUGUGUUUUUUUUUUACAGAUUGACCUUGCACAUAAAUUAAUACGUUACUGGGUGUUGAGAUGGGAUUGCCCAAUUUAAAGGAGAUGUUAUGGAUUUAUAUUUUGCCAGUGGUGAAUGAAGCACAGAAGGUUGUAGUUUUACAAUGUCUUAUGGAAAGACAGUAUUUUUGUUUUGGAAUUAUUUAACUAGAUGCUGCUUGCUGCUGCUUUUUUGUUUUCAGGCUUUUUAUGGUGCCUUUAGGACUAGCCAAGUGGUGUACAUUUACAUUUUGAAUGGGCGCCAUGUUGGAACCAAAUGUGACAACACAAACUAAAAACACUCCAUUGAGAAUGCAAAUUUGAAUGUUGUUGUGGAAUAUUUGGUUUUAAACAUGGAUGACAGUUUGCCAAACUCUGCUGUGGCUGCAAGAUGGUUUGUGAGAAGUAAAAUGGUUAGUGUGGAUGAGGGAGGUUCUUGAUAAUGAGUAGUCCUGACUUCAGCAGUCAGACAGACAUAACACCUCAGCCUCACUAUGCUAAGAGAUCAUUGAUACUAUUACUAUGACUGGACAACUUUUCAAUUAUUUAUUUUAUGAUACAAGACACUUAAUCAAGGUGCAAAACUAGGGCAAUGCUUAUUGUGACAAAAGGGAUUGAUAGUCGAGAAAAGUUAUAUCUUGUCUGGUGGCAACAUCUACACCAAAAUGUACACAAAGGGGAAAUAAAUAAUACAGAAUCUAUCCAAACAAGGGAAGAUGUCAAUAUAUGCAAGACAUCCCUCUUUUGCAACAAACUUUAUGGACCCGCUUCACACCCGGUAGAUUUCUAUUGGAAGGAUUUUAAAUAUGAUAAAUGUCUCAGUUUUCAUACAGCUUGUUGCCUUUUAUUCAGAUAUGCAUACUCAAUAAAUAUGGUGAUCCCCAGAA